AAAGACUAAUUAGGUGAGCAUUUUUUGUUUGAAGAAAUGAGCGGAGAAUCCGAUAAAAGGGGGGAAAGGAAGAACUGUCUUCUGCACUUGCUUCAUUUCUCGGCUAACCCUUUUUUCUCGCUCAAUUCAAAUUGUUUUCACGCAAAAUUUAGGAAUCUCCCCCGCGCGCGCUCUUCUUCAACCAUUUUCAUGAUCUCCACCUAUAUCUUCCCUUAACCUCCCCCCUGUGCGUGUUAUUUUUAAUUUAUCGGCGAUCAAUUCUCAGGGUAAGGUUGCUUUAUCUGAAUCUUCGGUUGCCAAUUAAUUAGGAAAAUGGCGAAGGGAACAAAAGUAGGGAGAUUCAGGUCAUCAUCAAAGUUCAGGUCUACCCCAUACCCCUUGUCGCCUUCUGUGGAUCACCAACCAGAUGACCUUAACCACAAAAAAUGUUCCAAACAACAUGAAAAGAAAGACUGGGAAGAUGCGACAUGCUCUGUAUGCAUGGAAUAUCCGCACAACGCUGUCCUUCUUCUCUGCUCCUCUUAUGAAAAAGGCUGUCGUCCUUACAUGUGUGGGACAAGUUUCCGCUACUCAAAUUGCCUCGAUCAGUACCAGAAAGCUCACAGAAAUGUCACACCCUCACACCAUACCCUGCCACUUCUUGAUCUUUCCAUUGAUCAAUGCGAGACUGUGAAUCUUGCUUGCCCACUUUGUCGUGGCCAAGUGAAAGGUUGGACUGUGGUUAAGCAUGCUCGAGAAUUCUUGAAUGCAAAGAAACGUGGAUGUAUGCAUGAUGACUGCCCGUUUGUGGGGAACUAUAAGGCAACAAGGAAACAUGUUAGGGCAGACCACCCCGCUUCUAAACCACGUGAGGUGGAUCCGGUUCUUGAGGAGAAAUGGAGACGAAUCGAGCGAGAACGGGAGAUGGGUGAUGUUAUCAGCACGAUAACUUCGUCCAUGCCAGGUGCGGUGGUGUUCGGUGAUUAUGUCAUAGAACAAGGGAGUAGGUAUGGUUUUGAUUCGGAGGACGAGGAUGACGAAUUUGAUGGAGAUGGCGAUGAUAUGGAAGAGGUGGAGGAAGAGAAUGAGGACUUCGGGGUGGGAGUUGAUGGGAAUUUAAUGAAUGUCUUGCUUCUUUUGCAGGCUUUUGGUUCGUCUGGUAAUGUUGGCCGAAACAGAGACUCCGGCCAACACAGCAGGGUGAGUAAUGUUUUGGAUGAAGGUAAUGGUGAUGAUACAUCAUUAGUUGCUGCACAUCUCCGCAGCCAAAGUGGGUUUGUUUUGCGGGAUGGUGGUAGAUCCAGGCGUAGUAGGCAGCGGGGAGAUAGAGGUCAAUGAUAGGUGUUGUGCUAAUGAUGGAGGUUUUAGUAAAGAUGAAAAGAUUAUUCAGGUCUUGGUAUAUUUGUUCUAGUCUGAUAAGGGGGUGCACAUACACUUUGGGAUCCAUUCUGACAUCCCAAUCUGCUUGCCACUUGUGUUAAUAUUACAUGGAUUGUCUGGUUUGGUAGAUCCGGGGCAGGCGAGAGUGGGGCAUUCUGGACACCUUCAAGAAAGUUGACUCUUUAUUUGUAGUUUUAAAAUUACUGAUGUUAAUUAUCUCCUUGUCUUAAUUCUCAACCGACAAGUAGUCGUCGGUCAAUGUAAUUUAUGCAAACUAAUGUGUAUGUCCUUGUAUAUUGUAAAUACUGCCUUCACUAUUCAUUAAUUGUAACAUUUUACUUUUACGCUAUUCAUUCAUAUGCUUUAGUGCAGUGCGAUUACAUUGUAUUUGUUAAUUGUUCAGAAAAUGAUAGUGUAAGAAAACAGUUGACAAAGGAACUGAGCCAUUUUGGCGAUAAAUAAGCAAUCACUAGGAAAA